GUGAGACUUCAGUCAUUUCGAAGUCAUUUCGAGGUAGUGAUUAACUGAAAGGUUCCGUUUUGAUGCGACACCGAAGCUACAUCUGAAACACAUUUUAAAAAUCUAGUGGUUCCAUAUUUUGUCUGCAGUCUUUAGAACUGCUGACAGUGAUAAUUAGAGGUGUAGUCCAGAGUCACCGGAGAUCUUUAUCUCAUGCAAGCUGCCACCCAUCAUGGCACCGCCUUAUGGAGCCUAUCUUGGAGGUGGUCUCGGGUGUGGCCGCGCUCUGUUUCAAGCAUAAAACCCCCUCGUUCACGCGGAUGAUGGUAUUCAACCAGUAGUCAAACAAAGGCAAGAUGACCAGUCUCAGUGCCAAGGACAAGGACACAGUCAGGGCCUUCUGGGCUAAAGUGUCUGGCAAGGAGGGGGACAUCGGCGCGGAUGCUCUGGCCAGGAUGCUGGUGGUGUACCCGCAGACCAAGACUUACUUCUCCCACUGGAAGGACCUGAGCCCCGGCUCUGCCCAGGUGAAGAAGCACGGGAAAACCAUCAUGACGGGAAUCGCUACCGCUGUGGCCAAAAUCGACGACCUGACUGCAGGUCUCCUGUCCCUCAGCGAGCUGCAUGCCUUCACCCUCAGAGUGGACCCUGCCAACUUCAAGGUUCUCUCCCACAACAUUCUUGUGGUCUUGGCCAUCAUGUUCCCCAAAGACUUCACCCCUGAGGUCCAUGUGGCUCUGGACAAGUUCCUGGCGGCGGUGGCUCUUGCUCUGUCUGAGAAAUACCGGUAAACUGAAGAUGAAGACGACAGAAACUGCGACAUGAGCUUAGUUUGCAUAAAGAUUAAUAAACACAUGAAUGAAAAAUCACU